AGCAGGAGGGGGGCUGUGUUUAAAUAGCAGGCUUCACCUCCCAGCCGCACCACCACUCUGCGGGAGAACUGCAGCAUCAACUCAACGAGAAGCAUUCCAGCCUUUUAACUCAAGCCUAAACGAUGGCCACCAAAGAGAAACUGAUCAGCCACGUGCUGAAGGAACAGCCUGUGGGCAGCAGGAACAAGGUGACGGUGGUGGGUGUCGGCAUGGUGGGCAUGGCCACUGCCAUGAGCGUGCUGCUCAAGGAUUUGUGUGACGAGCUGGCACUGGUGGACGUGAUGGAGGACAAGCUGAAGGGUGAAGCUAUGGACUUGCAACAUGGAUCCUUCUUCCUUAAGACACACAAGAUUGUGGCAGACAAAGACUACAGCGUGACAGCCAACUCCAGGGUGGUGGUGGUGACCGCUGGCGCCCGUCAGCAGGAGGGAGAGAGCCGUCUUAAUCUGGUGCAGCGCAAUGUCAACAUCUUUAAAUUUAUCAUCCCCAACAUUGUCAAGUACAGCCCCAACUGCAUCCUGAUGGUCGUCUCCAACCCAGUGGACAUCUUGACCUACGUUGCUUGGAAGCUGAGCGGAUUUCCGCGCCACCGCGUUGUUGGCUCAGGCACCAACCUUGACACGGCCCGUUUCCGCCACCUCAUGGGAGAGAAGCUCCACCUCCAUCCUUCAAGCUGCCACGGAUGGAUCAUCGGAGAGCACGGAGACUCCAGUGUGCCCGUGUGGAGCGGCGUGAACGUGGCAGGCGUUAGUCUACAAGGCCUCAACCCUCACAUGGGGGCUGAUGGAGACGGUGAUGACUGGAAGGGGGUGCAUAAGCAGGUGGUUGAUGGGGCCUAUGAGGUGAUCAGGCUGAAGGGUUAUACUUCAUGGGCCAUUGGGAUGUCGGUGGCUGACCUGGUGGCAAGCAUCACCAAGAACAUGCACAAAGUGCACCCUGUAUCCACACUUGUCCAGGGCAUGUAUGGCGUGAAGGAUGAGGUCUUCCUGAGCAUCCCUUGCGUCCUGGGCAACACUGGCCUAACAGAUGUCAUCAACAUGACCCUGAAGCCAGAGGAGGAGAAGCAGCUGGUGAAGAGCGCCGAGACGUUGUGGGCUGUUCAGAAGGAGCUCACUCUGUGAAGAGGAGAGCCUCGUUACUCGACUCCAGCCUGAAACCGCAUUAUACAAGACACUGUGCAUUAUUGAACCUACCUUCUGUGUCCCCUGUAGCUAAAAGCAGAUUUCAGUAGACUUGUGACAUUCUGAAAAGGCCAAGUGUUAUUAGUUAAAUCGUUGGAAGUUAAUUUCAGCUAUUUUAUUUUUGCUGUCUGCUCCCAAACCUGAUUCCUCCAUUUGUGGCGGCUUUUAACACUCUGCUGAGCCUUGAUGGUCAAACUGUGUUGGAGAUAUCUAAACUACUAAGUACCCUUUGGUACUGUGCACUGUUAUUCUUCUUUCAUACACUCCUCAUGUGCUUUGUGCGUUACGUCUAUUAUUACUGUGUCCAGUUGUGGGUGUUGUCCACUUGGUCAUCUUAUUGUUUUUUCUUUGCGAGUCUGAGGGAGACAUUCCAUUCUCUUUGGCAGAGACUUCCUGUCCAACUGUAAUAACCUUCCCUUAGUUAUUAUAAGGCCUUUUUAAACACACAUGAUCACAAGUGCACUGAUAGACAAAGGCAAAGGUUUAUGGGUAUGACAGGAGUCGACCAAGAUUACGUUUCAGAUUAUUAAAGACAUUUUGGAGGAGCUGCAAUAGCAAACGUAAGAGAAAUGACAUAUCUUGGAUGUUGCAAUGCCCUGAAAGAGAAUUGUUUUACAUACCACAUAACUCUAAAGGACAGUGAAAUGUAAUGGCGUUAUUUUCUCUAAAGCCGUUAGAACUAUAUUUAUUUUCUCAGUAUUUAUCAGUAAGCUGACUGACUGAAUCACUGUACCUGGACAUAUUUUUAUGUACUGUAGCAUCAAAUAAAGCCAGGAUACUUAAAAGA